UCACUAAUAAUAUGUCAGUGCCGUGUAUUGAUGCCUGGGGUGAUUUUGCAUUCAUGGCGUGUGCUGGGUAGGAUUCCCGGUGAGAUAUAUUGCCUAAACCUAUUACCGUACGCCUGGGCCCUGCAUGUGCUGUAUUCAUGUAUUCCGAACACAUCGUGUAACGCCGUAAACAUUACCGCUAUCAGUGCGUUAGUUUGACCUACAUCGCACUGCAUACAUUUCGUCUGAGGUUGGCCUUGCUUUCCAUUCAAUCCUGUGAUUUCUGCAAGCUUCGUUGUUGACUUUCCCUAAAUCACGAGGCCAAGUUUUUGAACAACCGUCUAUCUAAGUAUGGCUGAGUCCAGGGAUGUUUCUGAUACCGCAUCGGUGAGGUCAGACUCCUCGGCAACCCCCUCCCCUCGCACCGCCCGUAGAAGACACCUGGCUAUGUUCGGUAACAUCGUGGAUCCUAACGAAGGGAAAUCGUUGGAUUUCGGCAGCGAGAGAAGCUCACGUAGGGGGUCGGGUAGCUCUGCAGGCUCCAACCCCCCAUCUAACCCCGGGAGCGCCCCCCACACCCCUCCCCGUACCCGCCGUCUCGGCCCUUCCUCAAUGUUCGGCCAACUCGUGGACCCAGACGAAGGGAAAUCUCUUCAGUUCGGCUCCGAGAGAAGCUAUGGUAGCAGACGGGGAUCCUCUAGUUCCAACAGCGCCCACGAAAACGGCAACACCUCCCCUAAAGACAAGAAAGAGGAGAAUGAAGAAGAGGAUCCGAAAGAGAUGGAGGUAGGAAAAGAAGAGGAGGAGGAGAAGAAAGAAGAACACGUGGAGCCAGCUCCCAAACCUAGGGUUAAGAUGGAGGAAGUAACCAUGGAGCAGACGAACAAGGUGCUGAUCAAAGGCGGGACUGUGGUGAACGAUGACCGGUCCUUCAGCGCUGAUGUGUAUGUGGAGGACGGCAUCAUCGCACAAAUCGGCCAUGACCUGAGCGUGCCGGACGAUACCAUUGCCGUGUCUGCAGAGGGGAAGCUGGUCAUCCCGGGAGGGAUCGACACCCACACCCACCUGCAGUUCCGGAAGAAUGGUAUCACCUCCGUGGACGACUUCGCCCAGGGCACCAAGGCCGCUGCAGCCGGAGGGACCACCAUGAUCAUCGACUGUGUUUUGGACAACUCUGACUGCAGUCUUGUCGAGUCGUACGACAAAUGGCGCGCCAUGGCAGACGACACUGUUGUUGGGGACUACGCCCUGAAUGUCGCCAUCACCAAAUGGGACAACAAGGUCAAGAUCGACAUGGAGAAACUCGUGCACCAGCGAGGUGUGAACGCCUUCUUAGUGUUCAUGUCUUACAAGGACAAGUGGCAACUCACCGACUCUGAGCUGUACCAGGCGUUUUGCCACAUGAGAGACCUCGGUGCGCUUGCGCUCGUCCAUGCCGAAAACGGUGACGUCAUCCAGCAGGGAGAAGACGAGAUGAUCAAGCAGGGAGUCGUCGGACCGGAAGGACACGAGCUGAGCCGACCAGAAGAGGUGGAGGCAGAAGCAGUUCAAAGAGCCAUUACCAUAGCUGACCAGGCCAACUGCCCGCUGUACGUGGUGCGUGUGAUGAGCAAGGGAUCUGCUGACGUCAUAGCCGAGUGUCGAAAGAAAGGUUAUGUAGUGUUUGGGGAGCCCAUUGCUGCCAGCCUUGGUACUGAUGGCACCCAGUACUGGAACACAAAAUGGCGCGAGGCAGCAGCUCAUGUGACGUCACCACCCCUCCGUCCGGACCCUACCACUCCUGGAUACCUGAUGGACCUACUCGCCAAUGGUGACCUCCAGGUGACCGGGUCGGCCCACUGCUCAUGGACCACGGCACAGCGAGCUGCUGGGCAGACCGACUUCACCAAGAUCCCGCACGGCGUUAACGGCAUCGAGGAGCGCAUGUCUAUUGUGUGGGAGAAUGGCGUGGCCACUGGGAAGAUGGACGAAAACACUUUUGUAGCGGUGACCAGCACCAAUGCAGCAAAGAUCUUCAAUCUCUAUCCUAGAAAGGGUAAGAUUGCAGUGGACUCGGAUGCAGACAUUGUCAUCUGGGAUCCGGAAGCUGUUAGGACCGUUUCCGCAAGUAGUCAUCAUCAGGCGUCAGAUGUAAACAUUUUCGAGGGGAUGGAGGUCCACGGUGUUCCAGUGGCCACUCUGUCCAAGGGAAAGAUCAUCUUUAAAGACGACCAGAUCGUGGCCAAUUCGGAGGGUCACGGCGUUUUCGUGGACAGAAAGGCCCACUGUGAUCAUAUCUACGGCAGACUGGACGCAAGAGCAAAGUACCUUCUGCCACGGGCCGUGAUCCGGAUGGAGCAUGACGGGCCCGUAGCGCAGGCGUCUCCGGUUGUAGCUGCCGGGUACUCGGCCCGGACCUCCCGCCCACGGAACCUGCACGCGUCCCAGUUUACACUCUCUGGAGAUACAAAGCAGGGAGACGAAGACGAGAUAGGCACGCCCAUCAGCAGACGUAACCGCAAACCAGCAACACGAGUCAAUGCGCCACCAGGGGGACGAUCCUCUCUCAACAUUUUCGAGUAAACUCUCUAGCACAUAGAAAUAGCUAGCAUAACCAUAUAUAAGCGACUAGGACUUAAUGUAAUGUAGUACCAUGCUGUACUUUCCGAACGCCCGUCGUAGGAUAUUGCGUGAUUCUUUACCAUUAAAAGUGAGAGGGUAGAUUGUAGUGAAAAAACAAACAUCCGAUAUAUCCGUAUCAUGCGGUGUAUGUUUUAACCAUGUGAAGAAUAUCAGUAUUCGUAUGAGUGAUGAAACGAAGUUUUUGCGAAGGUUGAUGUUGUUUUUACCCCCCUUUCCUAUCCUCGUUGUACGAUGUAUAACAGUUAUGUCCCCAUUAGCAAGAGUUCAUCAUUAAAGUAAGCACGUGUUAUUUACGAGUAACGGAGCUCGAACAUUGUACCUAUUAUGUGAUUAUACUGAAUGGAUACUGAAUUCUGAACGUGUACUUUUUAGAUAGUGAAGAUGUUGUGUUCACCAUUGACGCCAACAGUCCCCGCAAGUCGUCGCAGAAGCGUCAAUUAUACAACCCACGUGCUACCAUAGGGAAAACGUGUCGUAGAACUGAAUGGAUGUUGUCGUAGUGACUCUGUUGUUAGAGAUAGUAAUUGAGUUGAGUGGGCAAAGCCCGUAGUCUCUGGAGUAGAGGAAAUUCACACGACGUCCGUAAGCGUUCCUGGAUAAUUCAAUAACCAUUUCUUCCGAGGGUAGCUUAUUGCCCUGUAAUAAAAUAAUCGAAAAUAACA